ACGCACUUAUAAAAGCACUAAAACCCUGUCCCGCACUCUCUCUCGUCUUCCUCCCUUAUUCUUGCGCUUCUUCAAGAUCUAGAGAGACCAAACUUUACAAACCCUAGAUAAUUUAAGGGAGGUUAGACACCAAUUUUGCAACCACUUUCUAUACGCUCCUCUCACCUCACUUUCUCCGAUCCAAAUCUUCAUUUCCGGGCUUUUUAUUGCUUUUGUGAGAUCAAGUACUAAGAAUGGUAAGAGUAGUGAUGGCGUCUACGGUUCAGCCAGCUCCAGCUCCAGCUCCUACCGCUGAUGUUGUGGGGAAUGCGUUUGUUCAUCAAUACUACCUUAUAUUACACCAAUCUCCCGAGCAUGUUCAUCGGUUUUACCAGGAUAUUAGUAAGCUUGGUCGCCCAGAAGAAAAUGGGGUCAUGAGUAACACAACCACUAUGCAAGCUAUCAAUGAUAAGAUACUUUCACUCCAUUAUGGAGAUUUCAGCGCUGAGAUAACAACUGUGGAUGCACAAGAAUCUUACAAUGGGGGAGUUCUUGUUCUUGUGACUGGGUAUUUGACUGGAAAGGACAAUGUGAAGCGGAAAUUUACUCAGAGUUUUUUCCUGGCACCUCAAGACAAAGGCUACUUUGUUUUGAAUGAUGUCUUUAGAUAUGUAGAUGAGACCAACUAUGAUGGCAACCAGGCUCCUGUUAAUGACGUUGAAGCUCCUAUUACUCCUGACCAAGAUGAUUCUCUAGUACAGGGCACUCAUGUUUCUGAUCAAAUGGCUGUUUUAUCUGAGGAAGUCAAUGUGGAGGAUGUUCGUGAUCCUUCUGAGAAUGGGGACGGCACAAUCAAAGAAGAGGAGGCACCGGUACCUGAGGUUGUUGAUGAGGUUCCAGAUGAUACACAUAUGGUUGCUGAAUCUAACUCUAAAAGUGAAGAAGUGCCGAAGAAGUCCUAUGCUUCAAUUGUUAUGAAGGACAGUGCUGUCUCUAUAUCAUCCCCUCCACCAUCUUCUCUAAGGUCUAUAAUGAAGAGCCAGGAGCAACAACCUCCCUCUGCAUCGCCUCCAGAUCAGGCAUCAGAGACACCUGUUUCCAGUGUCCCUGCUACUGAAAAUGGGAAUAACCUAGAGGGUGGAGCUGAGGGUCCAUCUAUAUAUCUUAAAGGUCUGCCUGUGAGUGCCACACAUUCUCUACUUGAGAAUGAGUUCAAGAAGUUUGGAGCUAUAAGGAGUGGUGGUAUUCAAAUUAAAUCCCAAAAGGGAUUUUCUUUUGGCUUUGUUGAAUUUGAAGAGGAAGUUGCUGUGCAAAAUGCAAUAGAGGCAUCUCCUAUCAUGAUCAAUGGACGACAAGUUGUUGUUGAACAAAAGAAGUCUACUCGAGGGGGAAAUAGGGGACGGUUUUCACAGGAGCGGGAAAUGGAUCAGGAAUGAGGGAGCAAAGGCGUGGAAACUAUGGAGCUAGCAGAGGCUAUGGCCGUGGUGAUUUUUGUAACAGGAUGAGUAUGAAAAUAGGAGUGGCAGUAGGGGAGAUUUUCUAACCGUGGAGGUGAUGGAUACCAA